GCUACGGGGGUUUCCUUGUCUUUGACUGGAGACCAACUAGCAGAGUGGAGGAUGAUAACAGCAUCCCUUUGCUGUUAUUCAGCAAUCACACAUCUCAAUGAACUGCUCGCACAGAAACCACUGAUCGUGCCUACUGCUGCUUGCAGGGCAGAGAUACUGAUCAGUGUCUAAAGACUGCAUCCCCCUUCUUUUUUUUUCUUAUGAAAUUAUUUUUUCAUAGACUCUUUUUAUUUUUAUUUCGAGGUCUCUGUAGCCUAUCUUUCCACCAUGGUGCUAGGAAAGGUAAAGAGCUUCACAGUAAGCUACGACUGUCUCAAUGACAGCAAUGUCCCCGUCUUCUCCAGCGGGGACUGCGUCUCAGGGAGGGUGAUCAUCGAAGUCACCGGAGAAAUCCGCGUCAAGUCUCUCAAAAUCCACGCGAAAGGAUUUGCUAAAGUUCGGUGGACCGAAUCGAGAAAUGCUGGAUCCAACACCGCCUACACGCAAAACUACACAGAAGAAGUGGAAUAUCUGAAUCACAAAGAUAUUUUGAUUGGGCACGAGAGAGACGAUGACAACUCUGAGGAAGGACUCACCACUAUCCAUUCAGGAAGACAUGAGUAUGCAUUCAGCCUCGAGCUUCCACAGAUACCUCUGGCUACCUCUUUUGAAGGGAAACAUGGCAGUGUGCGCUAUUGGGUAAAGGCAGAACUCCACAGGCCAUGGCUCCUGCCCAUGAAGACCAAGAAGGAAUUUACAGUCUUUGAGCACAUUGACAUCAACACUCCAUUAUUGCUGUCACCACAGGCCGGCACAAAAGACAAGACGCUUUGCUGUUGGUUCUGCACCUCAGGUCCUAUUUCCCUAAGUGCCAAAAUUGAAAGGAAGGGAUACACCCCAGGAGAGUCGAUCCAGAUCUUUGCCGAGAUUGAGAACUGCUCUUCUCGCAUGGUGGUGCCAAAGGCGGCCAUCUACCAGACCCAGACCUUCUAUGCCAAAGGGAAGAUGAAGGAGGUCAAGCAGCUGGUGGCCAACCUGCGGGGUGAGUCUCUGUCCUCGGGCAAAACGGAGACCUGGAGCGGCAAGAUGCUGAAGAUCCCACCUGUCUCACCCUCCAUCCUGGACUGCAACAUUAUCCGAGUGGAGUACUCCCUCAUGGUUUACGUGGACAUACCUGGGGCGAUAAACCUGUCCCUGAACCUGCCCCUGGUCAUCGGAACCAUCCCUCUCCACUCCUUCGGCUCCCGUACCUCAAGUGUCAGCAGCCAGUGCAGCAUGAGCUGGCUGGGCAUGGGUCUGCCUGAGAGGCCUGAAGCUCCACCAAGCUAUGCAGAAAUUGUGACUGAAGAGCAGAGGCAGAGCAGUCUGGAUGUCCCAGCAGCCCGCCAGGAGCUGGACGGCCCUCUCUUCGCCUACAUUCACGAGUUCCGCUUCCAGCCUCCUCCUCUGUACUCCGAGGUCGAUCCUAACCCAGAACAUGCCAGACGUACCGAGGAGCGCCGGCUCGACGCCUGUCCAUCGCGCUGAAGAGUUUCCGCAAAAUUCUCCCUUCACCGACUCGGGGGAUCUCUAAAGAAACCUUCUCGCGAGGCUCUGCUUUGUUUCUUUUUCUCCGACAACAACGUUCGCGGAACGCUGUCGACAUCGAGAGAAAAACAAAAGUAUCCAACCAACCGACAAAGACUUGGACACACACACGCCCAUGGUUGGGUUGGUUUGGACAAACCUGUUCCUGCCUUCCCUCAGCGAAAGAAAAAGGAGUCACUAGUUUGGUGCAUCGCCUCCUUCCUGUGUCGGGCCGGCUGAGAGUGGGAUUCAUACAGACGAACACAUAUUCAGUCUGUAUGAAACCCCCACCCCCCCACCGGUAGUAUUGACAAUGACGAUAAAGAAUCAGCCCACCUCGGCCCCGCCAAGCUCCUCCUUUUUAACCUCGAUUCUUCUUGAUUCUUCUGUACUCACGGCACAUAAGGACAUGGCUCCUCCCAUAAAUGGCAGAACUAAUCAUGUCCCGACUUCAGCAGAAUCACUGAAAGAGGAAAAAAAAACGGGACGAAGAGAGGAAAAAUCCCAACGCCGUUCUAACCACCUUAGUCUGUCUGCCUGUAUGUAUGAAUGAAAGCAUUCAGCGGCAGCAGUCAACGGAGCAAAAACACUAGAUCCUCCUGCCUCAUUUUGGAUUUUUGUUUUGCACAUUUUAUUCUUUACCUGAGUUGUGUGGCUCUGUUUAAUGAGAAUUGAGAAAAGAGAAAAAAACAAGAAAAAAAAAAACAUAACAGUUUGGUUCCAGUCUCGUAAUGUGCCAGACUAAGAAUAUGAGUAGGCUUGAGUUUUACGCCUUUUCAUCUGCAUUGAGCAACGCUGAGAACAGGAUUUGAUUUUUGAGGAAGAAAAAAAAAGAAGAUUGA